AUGUCCUCGAGCGUAUCGAACCGCCUGCUCUCUCUCUUCCUCCUCCUCUUCCUCGUUCACCGCGUGCAUGCAUUCGGCGCCGGCAACAUUGGCUCCACCGCCGCCAUUGAAGGCAGUAACUUCCGACAUGGCGAUAUCGAAGACACCCUCCUCACCCUCCUCACCGCUCGAGCCAUGGGCGGCAAGAAGUUCUCUCGACUCGACGUGAAGCGCGUCUACUUCGGCAAUUGGUUAAGAGAUUACAGUCAGGCUGUCGAUGUGGGCACCGUCAAGCACGUCAGUGCCGAGGCCAUCAGGUUGCUGUUGUGGAUACUGGGGUUCAUGAGCUUUGGCUAUGGGACGGGCGAGUUCGAGGUUACGACGGAACGGCUGGGUUGCUAUCGGCCGGAGGAACAUAUCGACAAUCCAAAGGACUAUGCGGAUAAUGUCGAUGCGAGGCAGUAUGAUCAACGCUUGCGUGGGCCAAUCGAUGAGCAGCGAGAACUCUCGGUCGAUCCCAGAACUGGUCUGAAGCAGUACAUUGCUUCCGAAGAUCUCGGCAUCACAACAUCUGCUGGCAUGGUGCGUAGGCUUUUCAGACGAUGCAUUGAGCUCGGUCGACAAUACACGCAGACAAAGGACGAGAAGGAUUUCUACGAAGCUCUUCGUCUCCUCGGCACUGCGUGUCACUGCCUCGAGGACUUCUCCGCCCACAGCAACUACGUCGAGCUUGCUCUUGUCGAACUCGGGGAAACCAAUGUCUUUCCUCACGUCGGCCGCCAAACCCGCAUCCAGCUUCAAGGCGCGCCUCAGCCAGUCUUCCCCAUUGUCACGGGAACUUUCGGCGGCGUCGACUUCUUACAUUCCGUCAUGGGCGAGUUCAGCGACAAAGUAACGCAAUCUGAGCUCCAAGAACUCGAAGGCACAAUCCAGCAGUCUAGAAAACAAGACACGAGUCUCCUCAAGCAGCUCCUCAACCAAAUCCCCAGCGGCAUAUUCGGCGGCAAAGACCACGCCAACGAAGCAGACCAACUGCAAGCCAACGCCCAAGCAGCCGAAUUGCAAAACCUCCAGGUCUCUCCCAAACAGCCCGAGGCCUUCACGCAGCAGGUUGAAGAGGUUUGCAAGCAGAUCUACCCCGUCCUCGAAUUUCACGACAACAUCAUGCAGGGCAUCACCGAAGCCAUCGAGCAUAUCCCCAUACUUCCUCAACUGCUCGAUAAGUUGCAGGAACAGCUGAAUGUCUUUGUCUUCUCCCUCAUAGCACCUUUCGUGCUGCCCAUCAUCAAGCAGGUGAAGGCAGAGCUGACUACGGGAUCGAGCGAGGUCAUCCAGUCAAGCAGGGAAAAGCAGUUGAUUGUGUUUAAUGACGACCACUGCACCGAUCCCACGCACAGCAUGCUUUCGAAAGACCACUUCAGCAACGUGCUGAAUGAGCCGGCAGGCAAGGUGGCGUCAGAGGUGUUGAAGUGGGUGGUGCCGCAGAUUGUAGCAUGUUGGGAUGAUCCCUCGAUUGAUAUCCGCCGCACGAACUCGCGCAUCAUAAACGGAAUCUUCCACCACCCCGCCCUCCGCUCACAAGGCGAAGACGGCGCGCACGAAGGCCGCAAAGCCAUGUUCCACGUCGUGAAGGACUGGUGGCAAAGCACGCUCGGCGAGCCCGAGCGCGAGACUCUCCGCCACAAACUCAGCAGGCAAGGCGUGCAGCAGGGUCGCAACCACAAGGAAGGCGUGCACGAUACUGGCCACGGCUGCGGGAAGCCGCUGGGGAUGCCGGGCGUGCUUACUGCUGCGAGCUCCGGGGCGAUUGGUGGG